CUAGAUGGGCCACAGGUAUUAUCUGAAACUUUUUAAGUUCGUCCCUUGCAAAGAACCCAAUCCGAAACACUCCGAGUUUACUACUCCCACGAAGAGUUAGAGAGGCUAUAUGCUGCAGUUUUAGCUCUAAGCUUGAGUUUCUGUUUCUGAAAAGCUUUUUCGCAAUCCUCUGUUGUCAAUGGUACUGGGUUGAGUCAUUAUAAAGGAGGAAAAUUUCAGUUGCUGGUCAAUAACAAUCUGGCAAGGAUGCUAGCAUUACCCUCAACAAGGUUGCUUCUAUUGUUUGGAGAAUCAUUACCCUCAUCUAGGCUACCUAAUGUGUCUAGGAAAGUUUGGGGCCAGACCAGUGUACGGUUUGUGAGUCAGGUUAAUCCUGAUAAUGGACCUCUCACUCUUUCCAGCCUUGGUUUCAAAAGUGGCUUUGAGAAAACAAACAAGAUCAAAGCGGAUAAAAUUGAAAGGCUUGAUGUUCCUAGUGAAGCACCUAAAAGUAAGGUAAGGGGUGUUGGAAGCAAUGGUAUAAAAACAGUUAAGGCGGUCGGGUUGAAAAAGUCACUAGAAAUUGAAUCAGCGCCUUUUUCUGCGAAGUCAUUUUCUGAGCUUGGCCUUCCACCUUUGUUGCUAGAGAGGUUAGACACAGCAGGAUUCACGGUUCCAACUGAUGUUCAGUCUGCAGCAGUUCCAACAAUUCUCAAAGGUCAUGAUGUUGUGAUUCAAUCUUACACGGGCUCAGGAAAAACAUUAGCGUAUCUCCUUCCCAUACUUUCUGAAGUAGGCCCACUUAAAAAGAAAUCUGCUAAUGGUGAGAGUGAAUUUGAGAAAAAAAAAGAGAUUGAUGCGGUUAUUGUAGCUCCCUCUAGGGAACUGGGGAUGCAAAUUGUUAGGGAGGUUGAAAAGCUUCUAGGUCCUACAGACAAGAAAGUUGUUCAGCAACUUGUAGGAGGUGCAAAUCGAUCAAGACAGGAAGAAGCUUUAAAGAAGAACAAGCCAGCCAUUGUUGUUGGCACCCCUGGUCGAAUCGCAGAGAUCAGUGCAGCUGGGAAGCUUCACACUCAUAGCUGUCGUUUCUUGGUUUUAGAUGAAGUUGAUGAGCUCCUGUCAUUUAACUUUCGGGAGGACAUGCACCGGAUAUUGGAACAUGUGGGCAGGAGAUCAGGUGCUGACCCCCGUGGCUCAAUUGCUGCACGUCGGACCAUUAUGGUGUCUGCUACAGUUCCAUUUUCAGUUAUAAGGGCGGCUAGGAGUUGGGGGUCUGACCCACUUCUUGUCCAAGCUAAAAAGGUCAUGCCACUUGAAGCUGUUUCGCCCUCUGGACCUGUUAAUAUCUUAAAACCUACAUCUGGUUCAGACUCAAGCAUGCGGACUCAGGCUGCAUUGCAAAGCCUACCACCUGCUUUGAAACACUACCAUUGUGUCGCAAAAUUACAACACAAGGUUGAUACAUUGAGAAGAUGCGUACAUGCACUUGAUGCCAAGUGUGUGAUAGCUUUCAUGAACCAUACAAAGCAGCUAAAGGAUGCUGUCUUCAAGCUAGCGGCCCGUGGGAUGGUAGCUGCAGAGCUGCAUGGUGACCUUGGCAAGCUUGCCAGGUCAACGACUUUGAAAAAGUUCAAGAAUGGAGAAGUGAGAGUUUUGGUGACAAAUGAACUUUCAGCAAGGGGUUUGGAUGUGGCAGAAUGUGAUCUUGUGGUUAAUCUGGACUUGCCGACUGACUCUAUCCACUAUGCACACAGAGCUGGUCGAACAGGUCGGCUUGGCAGGAAAGGUACUGUGGUAACCAUCUGUGAGGAGCCGGAAGUGUUUGUUGUGAAGAAGUUACAGAAGCAGCUUGGAAUCCCCAUUCCUGCUUGUGAGUUUACAGAAGGCAAACUUAAUGUCAUUGAAGAAGACUAAACUUUUGGGGCUGCAUGUGAUACAGGCUCUUCUUUUUCAGUAUCAUAUUUAGAACUUGACCAGAACCUUUCCCCUGCUUCUAUUUGCCUUGCUUAUAGUAUAUCAAAGGAUUAUUUUGGGCCUAGUGAAUAUUCUUAUAUAUAGAGAAUGUAACAUUAUGCUUUUUCUCUUUUUUUAUAACUUUUGGUGGUUGGGGAAAGCUAGGAAUAUAUUCUCCCUUUCCAAUUCAUGAUGAAAUUAAAGUAUAUUUGAAAUAUGGAGUACCAGUUAAUUCACGUUAAA